CACAGCUGGGACGUGGGCCCGGGACCUGAGGACUCAGUUGGGAGCCGGCGCCGGCCGCGCCCGCCGAGGCCUCCGCUGCGAUCCACACGUCCCAGGGUCUGUCCGCGCUAUCUACCAUGGCCGUGCGCCCCAUGCGCCGCUGCCUACAGGCGCUCGUACUAUGCUUCUCCUUGGGGGCUAUGGCGGUGGUCGCCUCGAAGCCAGGGGCAGGCUGUCCAAGCCGCUGCCUGUGCUUCCGUACCACCGUGCGCUGCAUGCAUCUGUUGCUGGAGGCCGUACCCGCUGUGUCGCCGCAGACCUCCAUUCUGGAUCUUCGGUUCAACAGAAUCAGAGAGAUCCAACCUGGGGCAUUCAGGAGGCUGAGGAACUUGAACACACUGCUUCUCAACAAUAACCAGAUCAAGAGGAUUCCCAGCAGUGCAUUUGAGGACCUGGAGAACCUAAAAUACCUCUAUUUGUACAAGAAUGAGAUCCAGUCAAUUGACAGGCAAGCAUUUAAGGGACUUGCCUCUCUAGAGCAACUGUACCUGCACUUCAAUCAGAUAGAAACUCUGGACCCAGAAUCCUUCCAGCACCUCCCGAAGCUGGAGAGACUAUUUUUGCAUAACAACCGUAUCACACACUUAGUUCCUGGGACAUUCAGCCAUUUGGAAUCCAUGAAACGACUGCGAUUGGACUCAAAUGCGCUUCACUGUGACUGUGAAAUACUAUGGUUGGCAGAUCUGCUGAAGACAUAUGCCCAAUCUGGGAAUGCACAGGCAGCAGCCACCUGCGAGUAUCCCAGGCGCAUCCAAGGACGCUCAGUGGCUACCAUCACUCCAGAAGAGCUAAACUGUGAACGGCCUCGGAUCACAUCAGAGCCACAGGAUGCAGAUGUCACAUCGGGGAACACAGUGUACUUCACCUGCAGGGCUGAGGGCAACCCCAAACCUGAGAUCAUCUGGCUUCGAAAUAAUAAUGAGCUGAGCAUGAAGACAGAUUCACGCUUAAACUUGCUGGAUGAUGGCACGCUGAUGAUCCAGAACACACAGGAGGCAGAUGAGGGUGUCUACCAGUGCAUGGCAAAAAAUGUGGCUGGAGAGGCGAAAACACAUGAAGUGACCCUCAGGUACUUGGGUUCUCCAGCCCGACCCACUUUUGUAAUCCAGCCGCAGAACACUGAGGUACUGGUAGGCGAGAGUGUCACUUUGGAGUGCAGUGCCACAGGCCACCCUCUGCCACAGAUCACCUGGACAAGAGGUGACCGGACACCCUUGCCAACUGACCCUCGAGUGACUAUCACUCCCUCUGGAGGACUGUAUAUACAGAACGUCGAACAGAGUGACAGUGGGGAGUACACAUGCUUUGCAUCCAACAGUGUGGACAGCAUCCAUGCCACAGCCUUCAUCAUUGUACAAGCCCUUCCUCAGUUCACUGUGACUCCUCAGAGCAGAGUGGUCAUAGAAGGACAGACUGUGGAUUUCCAGUGUGAAGCUAAGGGCUACCCUCAACCAGUCAUCGCCUGGACUAAGGGAGGGAGCCAGCUCUCAGUGGACAGGCGGCACCUGGUGCUAUCCUCAGGCACACUCAGGAUCUCCGGGGUCGCCCUGCAUGACCAGGGCCAGUAUGAGUGCCAGGCUGUCAACAUCAUUGGCUCCCAGAAGGUCGUGGCCCACCUGACUGUACAGCCCAGAGUCACCCCGGUGUUUGCCAGCAUCCCGAGUGACAUGACUGUAGAGGUGGGCACCAAUGUACAGCUGCCCUGUAGCUCCCAGGGGGAACCGGAGCCAGCCAUCACCUGGAACAAGGAUGGUGUUCAGGUAACAGAAAGUGGAAAAUUUCACAUCAGCCCUGAAGGAUUCUUGACUAUCAAUGAUGUUGGCACAGCGGAUGCAGGCCGCUAUGAGUGUGUAGCUCGGAACACAAUUGGAUAUUCCUCUGUCAGUAUGGUACUCAGUGUGAAUGUUCCUGAUGUAAGUCGAAAUGGGGAUCCAUAUGUUGCUACCUCUAUUGUUGAAGCCAUUGCAACUGUUGAUAGAGCCAUCAACUCUACACGGACACACUUAUUUGACAGCCGUCCUCAUUCUCCAAACGAUCUACUGGCCCUGUUCCGGUACCCACGGGACCCAUACACAGUGGGGCAAGCCCGGGCAGGAGAGAUUUUCGAGAGGACCCUGCAGCUGAUCCAGGAUCAUGUUCAGCAUGGCUUGAUGGUGGACUUGAAUGGAACAAGUUACCACUACAAUGAUCUGGUGUCCCCACAGUACCUGAGCCUUAUUGCCAACCUGUCAGGCUGCACCGCCCACCGCCGUGUGAACAACUGCUCAGACAUGUGCUUCCACCAGAAGUACAGGACGCAUGAUGGCACAUGCAACAACCUGCAGCACCCAAUGUGGGGCGCCUCGUUGACUGCCUUCGAGCGCCUGCUGAAGGCUGUGUAUGAGAAUGGAUUCAACACGCCCCGUGGCAUCAAUCCCCAGCGUCAGUAUAAUGGGCAUGUACUUCCCAUGCCCCGCCUGGUGUCCACCACACUGAUUGGGACAGAGGUAAUCACCCCUGAUGAACAGUUUACACACAUGUUGAUGCAGUGGGGCCAGUUCCUUGACCAUGACCUGGACUCCACAGUCGUGGCUCUGAGCCAGGCUCGGUUCUCUGACGGGCAGCAUUGCAGCAAUGUGUGCAGCAAUGACCCUCCCUGUUUCUCUGUCAUGAUUCCCCCCAAUGACCCCCGUGUGCGGAGUGGAGCCCGCUGCAUGUUCUUUGUGCGAUCGAGCCCCGUGUGUGGCAGCGGCAUGACAUCUCUGCUCAUGAACUCUGUGUACCCGCGAGAGCAGAUCAACCAGCUCACUUCCUACAUUGAUGCAUCCAAUGUGUAUGGCAGCACAGACCACGAAGCCCGCAGCAUCCGGGACCUGGCUAGUCAUCGUGGCCUGUUGCGUCAGGGCAUCGUGCAGAGGUCUGGCAAGCCUCUGCUUCCUUUUGCCACGGGGCCGCCCACUGAGUGCACACGGGAUGAGAAUGAGAGCCCCAUACCGUGCUUUCUGGCUGGUGACCACCGUGCUAAUGAGCAGCUGGGCCUGACCAGCAUGCACACACUCUGGUUCCGGGAGCACAACCGCAUUGCAGCAGAACUGCUGAAGCUAAACCCACACUGGGAUGGGGACACUGUCUACCAUGAGACUCGCAAGAUAGUGGGGGCAGAGAUACAGCACAUUACCUACCGGCACUGGCUACCCAAGAUCCUGGGGGAGGUGGGCAUGAAGAUGCUCGGAGAGUACCGAGGAUACGAUCCCAGCGUCAAUGCUGGCAUCUUUAAUGCCUUUGCCACUGCAGCCUUCAGGUUUGGCCAUACUCUGAUCAACCCUCUGCUCUACCGGCUGGACGAGAACUUUGAGCCCAUCCCACAGGGCCAUGUGCCCCUCCACAAGGCCUUCUUCUCACCAUUCCGGAUUGUCAAUGAGGGGGGCAUCGACCCACUUCUCCGAGGGCUGUUUGGAGUGGCAGGCAAGAUGAGAGUUCCCUCCCAGUUGUUGAACACGGAGCUCACAGAGAGGCUAUUCUCCAUGGCUCACACCGUGGCCCUUGACCUGGCUGCCAUCAAUAUCCAGCGAGGCCGGGACCAUGGCAUCCCACCUUACCAUGAUUACAGGGUCUACUGCAAUUUGUCAGCUGCUUACACUUUUGAGGACCUGAAAAAUGAGAUCAAGAGCCCCGAGAUCCGGGAGAAGCUGCAGAGGCUGUAUGGCUCAACUCUCAACAUUGAUCUGUUCCCGGCCCUCAUGGUGGAAGACCUGGUCCCUGGCAGCCGCUUGGGGCCCACACUCAUGUGCCUGCUCAGCACACAGUUCCGACGCCUUCGGGAUGGAGACAGGUUGUGGUAUGAGAACCCAGGCGUAUUCUCCCCCGCCCAGCUGACGCAGCUCAAGCAGACAUCCUUGGCUAGGAUCCUAUGUGACAACUCAGACAAUAUCACCCGUGUGCAGCAGGAUGUGUUCAGGGUGGCAGAGUUUCCACAUGGUUACAGCAACUGCGAGGACAUCCCCAGGGUGGACCUGCGAGUGUGGCAGGACUGCUGUGAAGACUGCAGGACCAGGGGACAGUUCAAUGCCUUCUCCUACCAUUUCCGAGGAAGACGGUCUCUGGAAUUCAGCUAUGAGGAGGAUAAGCCCACCAAGAGAGCAAGGCGGCAGAAGGCACUAAGCGUGAAAUAUGGCAAACAUCUCAGCAAUGCCACAUCAGCCACCCAUAAGCACUUGGAAGGACCAGCAACUAAUGAUUUAAAGAAGUUCAUUAUGGAAAUGCAAACGGUCAUCACAGACCUCAGAAAACAGAUAACCAGCCUGGAGUCUCGGCUCAGCACCACAGAGUGCGUGGACGACAGUGGUGAAUCCCAUAGCAACAACACAAAGUGGAAAAAGGACAGGUGCACAGUUUGUGAGUGCAAAAAAGGACAGGUCACCUGCUUUGUGGAAGCUUGCCAGCCUGCAGCCUGCCCAGAGCCUGUGAAACUGGAAGGUGCCUGCUGUCCUGUCUGCUUAAGGGACACAGAAGAGGAAAAGCCUUAGUGUCCCUGCGCUAAGCACCUCGAAGCUGGCCCAUAGAAUCCUUGUGAGCUUAGAUGGCAACAUGGGGAGCUUCAGACCACAGGAUAAGUUGGAAUCCCAGACAUUUCAGGACCUCCACUGUGUCGCCACUGAAGCAGCCCCGGCUGUGUUUGUAGAAGGAAAUUGAGUAUACAGGAGUGGCUCUGGUCCUCACUUCAUGUUAGACUUCUCAGGUUUUUAUUUAAUUAUUUUUAAAUGAAAAAUUGGUGCUACUAUCGAAUCACACAGUUAAGACAUGUGGGUUCCUAAAUUGUUUCUGCCUGAUGAUGCCACUUCUGUUUAAAUGAGGCAGGAGUCUUUGGCAAGGCUUCAUUUAAGCAGAAGUAUUUGGCAAAUGGAAUAGGAUUUCUUUUUUUUUAAUAACUUCCUGGGCCACAAUCCCCACAGGAACACUAGGGCUUCUUCCUAACACUCCUCCAUGUCCGCUAUCUUCACUUUAGGGCUCUUCAACAUCUGACUACAAUACCAAUACAACCCUGCAUCUUGGGACCAUGUCAGCCCUUCUACACAUGACUGUCACAUUAUCAUGCCACAUUUAGAAAUUAUCUUGUUUCAAUUUAGAAGGUGUGUAAAUACUGCCUUGCUGUAAACUGAAGGUGAAAUCCUUUGGUCUCAUGCCACAUCUAGUGACCUGAACAUCCCCUUGCAUUGGCAGGAUGGUCUUACAGCCACCACCUGCCUUGGUUCCUGACCAUAGUGUAGGGAGAGUGAUUCACUUUCCAGGUGACAGGAAAUAGGUGACACACAGGCAGAGCCUGAAUGUCUGAAAUCACAUUGUGUGAAUCCUUUAAAGGAAAAAACAAAUCCCUAUACCUCAUUUUUUAUUGCAUGAUGUUUUAUAAAAUUUGCCCAUUUUAGAUGUUAGAAAAAUUACUUCCACUAUGCAGAUUUUUUUUAAUUCAGUGUAAAGCAACUAUUAUACCUCAUAGUCUCUUGUUUUUAACUGACCAAAAUGUUCCAUUCUAUUCUCACAAGGUUCUGAGGACUCUCCCCUGAACAAGCAGGUCUCACCCUAUAUACACUGAUGUGCCCAGCACUGUAUGCCAGCCAUGUGGGCACAUCAAGAGGGUCACCCACCCAAUAGCUAGGGAAGAAGGGACACAGAAGAGUCAGUGCCACUUUGAGAAGGCAAAAUGGGUGCUAUUAUAGGAGACCAUGGUCAGGCAGGGUGAUGUUCAGCUCUUUGCAGCCCCUGACUUGCGUUGAGCAGUAAGGCCAUUUUGGUACAAUCUAUGUGUGAUCCUUAUGCUGACACGAAUACCUUCCCAGAGAUAGACACAAAGCCACAAAUGUAAGGCUGCUAGGCAAAGACAGAAUCCCAGCAUGGGUGUGUUCAUCGUGGAUUCACCACAUUGCGUAUGUAAAAGUGGUCACUGUGCCUUGCCCUCCUGUUGCUAAUGAUAUUCAGAAGCCAGUGGUCCAGCAUGGGUGGGCAUUUGUGAAAUAUUAAAUUGAACUUAGAGAUGAUGAGAUCUCAGAAUAGACUUCUGUGAAGUAGGAGACAUAACUGUGCCAUCUGAGUGAAAUCUGAUGGCGGUGUGGUUGUUCAGGCAUACCAAUGGCAGGAGAGCCUGUCCUGGGUAGCUGGUAUUUCACAUGAGCCCUGGGGGUAUGCCUUAUGCCAAGGCAAACAAGUGUAUGUGGGGCUUAGACAGGUGUCCAGGGUUUUUGUUCUCUGAUCCUGUGAAGGAAGCUGGCUAUGAUUUACAUUCAUUUCUGUCAUUCAAACCAAGAUGUAUACAGAUCUCCAUUUGAUGUUACAGUGUCACUGGCCAGGCAGUGAGCAGUGCCCAGACACCCUUUCUGAUCAGCCGCUGCACUGGGCUUCUGUGAUACAAAGCAGUGUACAUAUUUAUUUACUUUUCUGACUGUUGCCAACAGCCAAAUGCCAUUUUAUGUUCCUUGUAUUCAAUGCAUUACCAAAGAGGUGUUUGCACUUUGUAACGACACCCUUUCAGUUCAAAUAAAAGGGCCACGUUGUCAAGUGGAGAACCUGUUCUUUUUACUCUGA